GAUCUUUUUGUUGAGGACCGACAUUCAUUGUCCUAAAUGUUCUAUUAUGAAUCAGCUUUGCACAUCCGUUAUGUUUACUUUCUGACUUUGUCGGGAUAAUUUCGCAUCUUAAUUCAAGCUAUCAAAUUGCCUAAUUAAUAUGCCCUUCCGUCAGGCUCCAGUAGAACUCUUUAGUCCAUUAACCCCUGCGGAGAUCUUGGAACUUAAUACAGCUAUCAACCCACCUUUUCCUCCUCCAUAUAUACCACUCCACGUCCAAGUCGCUCUGGAUAAUAUUGGCCAGGGAGGAAAAGUCACUGCACGAAAAGAAAUCAUGGUCAUGACUGGUUGGGGCGGACCUGGAUACGUUGGAGCACUUGGGGCCCCUAUUCCCCCUGGUCAAUGGUGGGUACCCACAGCAUUUGCAGCAAACAAAUAUCUUCGAUUGCUUUGCGAAAGAGUAAACUCUCUCUGUCCUCGCCCGGCAAAUUGUAUAAAUGAUAUCCCUUACUGUGCAUUUAUCGGGGCAGAGCUUUGUAUGCUGCCUGUAGGGGCGUAUCCCGCACAAACUAUCCGAAACCGGCCGCAUGGGAUGUACUAACCCAGUCAAUCUAUAAUAUUCGUAAGCCUUUUCAAUACUUUACUAUUAUUCGAUACAUAAGUCUGUUCUCCGAUUUCAAGCUCUACCUUUUCUUCUCUCUCUCAAACACACUUUUUUUCUCUCCUGAUUUGGUUACAACUACUCGUUUCUCUUCUCGUCAAGACUUCACCCCAGGGUUAACAGCCACUGACAAUUUGACCAUGACAGACAUCAGGGCUAUUUAUGGCGGUUCAAGGGGAGAUGUUACACAGUCUCUUUCGAGUAACUCACAGGAUGCUACAUUCUCAUGAAACCGCAAGAUCUAGAGUGCUCGCUGCUCAGGCAUCUCAUGUAUUCAUGCAAGUGGUUCGUAGUGAAAAUUUCAGAUUCCUUGUUUCGUUUUCUUCGGAACCUCUUCUAAGAAAACUAUUGAUUCUAUGGAUGACUACAACGGACUUCAAUCUACCAGGCCGGAUCUCGUCCCUCCACUCCCGAGGCACUACGUUGCUGAACAAAAGUUCAUCGGUCAUAUCUUGAACCUUCUUUCAUCCUAUAUGGGAGGUACUAAUAUAAGUGGAAGUGAAUUUAAUCCAAUGCAUUGGAUGAUGAGAACCAAUGCUUCAGCUCAGAACCCGAUUCCUGGACCUGCAGCUGCUAUAGGCCAACAUAUCAGUGCCUCAAUGGUCUGCCACAAUGCUCUCAUGAUCCCAAUGGGGUGUUGUCUAGACUUUUUCGGACAUAUUCCUGCUGGAAUGACUCAAGCUCAGAUGAUUGCUAAUCGCAGGGGUCAAAUUGCUCUCGGGCUACAUCGUGGUCAAUUGGCCGUGGCCCCAAGUCGGCAAUAUAUAGCACCCAUGUGACCGGAGCAAAGCGACAAUUUUCGAUGAUGUACAAGCGGAUCUACGCAGUACAAAAAUCUCAUUGCCAAGCAUUGUAAUUAUGGAGUCGUUGAAGAGCUGUCUGUCGACAUUGCGCUAGAUGGUAUCGAGGUGUGCCACCCAAAAUCGAUUCUGAUAAUGGUCGCAGGAUAACUAAGCCUAAUCUUAUUCUUUAUGGUCUUGCUCGAGGAAUCCCCUUCCACGCUAUACGUUAUGCUGCAUGGGGUCCAUUGCGGGAUAUCAUUGAAAAAGUCGAUUACAUGGCGAAAACGCAAGACAAUGUCAGCAUCGCUACUAAUCCUCCCUCUUACUAAUGUAUCUAUGGAAUUCUUUUGUUAUGACAUUAUUUCUAUGUAAUAUUAUUACUACUUCCCGCCUCUCUUUGAAUGGUUUGCA